CUUAAAUGCGAUGACUUGUUGAUUCAACAAUGAUAUUAUAAUGAUUCAAUAAACAUUCUUAGUCUACUAUCGUAUCAGUAGUGUUAUAGUAUAAUCCGUGUCCGUGCAUUUACAAAAUUGUAAAACGUAAACGAAAAUGUUAAAGAAACGGGAGAAGAUAUCUUUGAUAAUACUGACUUUUUUCGUUUUAAGGAUAUUUAUGAAAGGAGGUUAUUUUGCAUGGAAGAAAUUAUUAGCACCUAAUCUAGGAUUAGGCAUAGAUUUAACAAAGCAAGGAAGAUGGGCAGUAAUCACAGGCGCAACCGAUGGUAUUGGUAAAGCAUUCGCAAUGGCUCUUGCUAGUAAAGGUCUUAAUAUUGUUUUAAUAUCAAGAUCAUUGAUAAAGCUCGAAGAUGUUGAAACUGAGAUAAAAGAGAGAUAUGGAGUCAAUACACGUAUUGUUGUGGCUGAUUUAACCGAAGGUCAAAUAGUUUACUCUAAAAUUCUUAAAGCUACGAAAGAACUUGAAAUUGGUAUUUUGAUUAAUAACGCUGGAAUGAAUUCUGAUUAUCCGGAAUUAUUCAGCAAGACAUCAGAAGAAAUGUUAAAUAAGAUAUUGCAAUUAAACGUGGUUAGUUUUACCAAUAUCACUAGAUUAAUUCUACCAGGCAUGAUAGAACGAAAAAAGGGGAUCAUAAUUAAUAUAAGUUCGAUAUUAGGGAUGGAUAUUAGAUGUCCAUAUUUAACAGUCUAUGGAGCUACUAAAGCUUACGUCAUUAAGUUCAGCGCUAAUUUAGCUGCAGAAGUAAUUCAGGAUGGUAUUAUCGUACAGUGUAUUGCUCCUGGACCAAUUGCCACUAAGAUGAUAAAAAUAAGGAAAUCAACGUGGAUGAUACCAACUGCUGAUGAGUUUGUUGAGAGUGCCUUGAAAACUGUAGGAAUCGAAUUGCUAACAAUCGGGUUUUUAUCGCAUUAUUUUUUUCACAGAUGCAUGAAAAUAUUAACAUACGUGUCUGAAAAGAAUACAACCAGAUUAAUGGGCAGGUUAAUGCGCGAACAUAAAAAACGUUUUCUUCGAAUAAUGAUGAAAGAGCAGAAGUAAAUGAAGAGAUAACAUAAUUCGACAAUUUCCACACAGAAUAAAUUCUUAGAAUUACUCUUCAAAUUUUCAUUGUUUAAAUGUUGAUAGAUAAUUGCGGAGUUUGAACAAAAAAUGUUUAUUACUUUUACGAAAAAGUUUGCUUUACUUUUACUUUAAUGAAAAGCUGGAUAUAUAUAAAAUGUACAUAUUUCAUUUUUUUAUU